CAAAUUGCAGCGAAGUCGAUGACGUUAAAAUGGGUGCGAAUAUUCGGAUUUUAGUUCGAGUGAAUUCGCCUUAUCAAAAAGAUAUUCUAAUUGAACGCGGAAUUGUUUGUUGUAUACCGCUCGCAGUUCCUAUUCGACAGUCAUUCAACUUACGUUCGAUGCGGAUGCGUACGAUGUGUAUGCUUUUAUAAAUCCGCCGUGGCAAAAAUAGCAUGUGAUAUUUCGCACCUUUGAUUUACCUAGUUCUUGUAAAAUGGUCAAUAUCGUAAUUGGAGGAGUUGAAGGGGGCGCAACUCAUACAACGGUAAUCCUGUUUGAUUCCCGCGGGAGCAUAUUGUCAAAAGCGAAAGGACCCGGAACAAACCAUUUUCUAUUAGGAAUGAAAGAGUGCAGGAGAAGGAUAGCAGAAUUAGUCAAUGAGGCUAAACGAGAAGCUGGACUACCGGACGACGUCCCUUUGGCAGCUCUUGGGCUCGCGUUAAGCGGCUGUGAGCAGGAGGAAACAAACCAAGAGUUGGUUAGGGGGUUCUUGGAGACAUUUCCCUGUCUAAGCGAACGGUAUGCGAUCGGAAGCGAUACGGACGGAUCUGUUGCGUGCAUAUCGAACAAGGGUGGAAUUACAUGCAUUGCGGGUACCGGCUCGAAUACAAUUUUAAUCAAUCCAGACGGAUCAAAGGUCCAGUGUGGGGGUUGGGGGCACAUACUGGGCGAUGCUGGAAGCGCGUAUGGAAUGGCUUUGGAGGCAGUCAAGUGCUAUUUCGAAGACAACGACCAAUUUAAAAAGGCGCCAUAUUCCACCGACGUAAUCUGGAGAACAAUACAAGAGCACUUCGGAGUAACCUCCCAUUUAGAUUUGUUACCUCAUUUUUAUACGAAUUUUAAAAAAGACCACAUCGCCGGUCUUUCCAAAAAGUUAUCCGUGUGCGCGGGUGAAGGUGACGAACUUUGUAAACAUAUAUUUAAAACGGCGGGACGCGACUUGGCGCGCUGUAUUGCGGUCGUAAUAGCGAAAGCGUCGGACGAAUUAAUUAAUCGAGAGCACGGUUUGCAGGUGCUUUGCGUCGGAUCUGUUUGGCUGAGUUGGGAUCUGCUGAAGGAGGGUUUUAUACCAAUUAUAGAAGAGCAAACCGACGUUAGGCAAUUAUCUUUGGUCAAAUUGACCACAACUAUGGCCGUUGGGGCUGCCUACAUGGCGGCCGAUCGGUUGGACAUUCAACUACCUAGAGAUUAUAAUCAAAACUAUGAAGAAUUUUAUCGAUUUGUGAGAAAAUAGUAAUAGAUCUUUAUACGUAAAUAUUUUAUCACUAAGUGAUAGCACCUUGAAAAUUUAACUCACAUUGUGGUUUGUUCAUUUUGUACAAUGGGCCCAUUUAGUAAAAAUACCGCCGUUUUAAAAAUAA